UUUAGGCCCUAGGUUUCUUGCACAGUCGCGUUUACAGGCUUCCGAAGUCGCGGUCUUUAAAAUUUCAGCAAAUCCCAUACUUAAUUGACCGGAGGUUUCUCUCUCUUCCAAUUGCUGGUGUGGAUUUCUUGCUGUUUAGUGUUAGUCAUGCGGAGGUACAGCCCAGCAUACUACAGUCCUCCGAGGAGAGGAUAUGGUGGCCGAGGACGAAGCCCCCCACGUAGGGGAUAUGGGAGAAGCAAGGAACAGAAUAAUGGUAGCCUUUUAGUUCGAAACAUUCCUUUGGACUGCAGACCAGAAGAACUUAGAGUUCCAUUUGAAAGAUUUGGGCUAGUCCGGGAUGUUUAUAUUCCAAGGGACUAUCACACAGGGGAACCUCGUGGCUUUGCAUUUGUGCAGUUUGUGGACCCGUAUGAGGCAGCAGAGGCUCAGUACCAAAUGAAUAGGGCGAUAUUUGCUGGUAGGGAGAUAACUGUGGUUGUUGCUGCUGAGACAAGGAAAAGGCCUGAAGAGAUGCGUAGAAGAUCUAGUGUGAGGGGAACAUCAGGAUAUGGAGGUCGGCAAUCUCGUUAUGGACGAUCUCGGUCUCGUUCAGUAUCUUGUUCGCGUUCCCCCCAUUACCCUUCUGGUUCUCGUAGUCGUCAUCGUUCGAGGUCCUAUUCUCCUGCUCCCAGGCGUCGAGCUGACUACUCCAUUUCCCCAAAUAGAAGGCAAGCGGACCACUUAAGAUCACCAAGAGAACCCCCUAAAGAGCGAGACAGUGACCGUGGUCGGAGGUCAUACUCUCCAGGUUAUGAGAAUGAUGGUGAUGAAAAGCAAAAUGGUGAUGCGUAUGGCAAGAAAGCUGCAUAUGACUCCAAUGAAGCACGAAGGCCCUGGAAGUCUUCACCUGGACGAGCGUCACGAUCACCUUCUGGAUCUAGAUCUAGGUCUGCUGAUUUGUCACCCUAGCAGAUAAGUGAAGAUGGAGAUUGAACUGGUAGUUUGGUUCUUGGUGUUGUUCUGUACGAAGAUGUGGAAAUGUUUUGCCCAUCUGUGAAUUCUAUGGAAUUUUGCGAUCUUCUGCGUUGUGUGGUUAUGGUAUAGUGUUCUAAUUAUCUAAUUUUCUGGAAAACAGAUCAUAGACCUCUUCGCCUUUGUCGUUAACGGUAUUAUGUUAGUUGAGACCGCUGCGUGCUAUAUUAAAGUGGUUUUCGAUUA